UUCAGAGAGAUUGUGCCCAAUUCUCUUCAAUGAAUGGAAGCAUCAUUUCGUGUGACGGUGAAGUGUUGACUUAUUGUUUAAGUGACAGAAAUUUGAUAUAAAACAAAUUCCAUUAUCCAGAUCUACAUCUGUUCAAGAAAUUUAUUUUUGACACCCGGCAAGCUAUGCCAAUUUCAGUUUGCAUGGAUAAUUUCAACACUAGGCUAGUCUUAUUCGAGCAUGCUUGCGUUUGAAAAAAAAUGACUUGUAUAAAAUACCUAAUGGCGAUGGAGGUUGCUUCUUAAACUAAAAGAUGGGACACCUCGAGGGAUUUGCACCAGCAUUCUCCAGAUACCUUACCUAUCAUUAAAAAUGUGCGAUAUUCGCCUAAAAAUCAUCUUAAAUGUGCAUAAACGAUUUGAAUAGAUCGAAGAAAAUUAUUCGAGAUCUAAAUCCAAUAUUCAUUACUUCGUUGUUGAAAUUUCCUGCUAAAUUACUUGAAAAAAUGACCUCAGUUUUGAAGCCAUCGUUAGAAACAUCAGGAUUCAAUUUUGAUAACUAUCAAAGGAAUCAGUUCUUGGAAAAGAAUGGAAUGAAACUACCUAAAGCUGUGAAAACCGGUACAACUAUCGUCGGUGUUACUUAUAAAGAUGGAGUUGUACUCGGAGCCGAUACUCGAGCCACCGAAGAUACCAUCGUCGCUGACAAAAACUGUGUGAAAAUCCACUAUUUGAAUAAAAAUAUGUAUUGUUGCGGUGCUGGAACUGCCGCUGAUACAUCAAUGGUAACAGCGAUGAUAUCUUCAAAUCUCGAAUUGCAUAGAUUGAAUAGCGGCCGAACUGUACCCGUAGUUGUAGCUUGUACUAUGUUGAAGCAGAUGCUAUUCCGUUAUCAAGGAUACAUUGGAGCAGCUCUGAUUGUGGGUGGUGUUGAUAAAACUGGUAAUCAUUUAUACAGCAUAUAUCCUCACGGUUCCAGUGAUAAAUUACCGUACACCACGAUGGGCUCUGGUUCGUUAGCUGCUAUGGCUGUGUUCGAAUCUAAAUGGAAACCUGACAUGAACGAAGAUGAAGCUAAAGAAUUAGUUAAAGAAGGCAUCGCCGCUGGUAUUUUCAACGAUCUUGGAUCGGGAAGCAAUGUGGAUCUUUGCGUGAUUAGAAAAGAUAGCGUCGAUUAUUGCCGUACUUACGCCUGCUUAAAUGAAAAAGGCAAAAAACAAGGAGCCUAUACAUAUAAACGUGGUACGACUGCGCUUCUAGAAACAAAAGUUAUUCCAAUCGAAGUCGAAGAAGAAAUCGUUCAAAUGAUCGGUGAUUCAUCUGUUAUGGAUACAUCGUAAUUUUGUUAUUCGCUUACAUAUUUUUUUACGAAUAUAUUUACUGGUGUUUAUAAAGAAAUCUUCAUAAUAAAUUUAAUUUCAUAAAUUAA